AUGUUUUGGGCCCGGCAUCAAGAGACUGCCACCGAUAGGCAGAUCAGCGCUGAAAUCAUCCUUGGCAAAGUCAAUGAUCCUUCCACUCCUCCCCAGGCCUCCCAACCUGCACCACCCUCCCCUAGAACCCCUCUCGGUCCCCGACGGAUCAACACUGUGCUUCGAACUGGGGAGCUGGACCCAUUUGUGGCUGUUGCGCAGGCCCAGACGGCCGCAGAGGUGGCAAAGUCAGAGAACGUGCCGCUGAGAAAGGAGUUGGAGGAAGCUAGAGCAGCGAUGGCGCGAGACCAGGCCACCAGGGGAGGUCGCAAGGCAGUUCAGGAUCUGGGUGGGGGUCUAUAUGACCCCGAGUAUUGGGAUGACAACCGUGCUGACAGAGUACGAUGUGCCAUCUUAGAUAUGGACACAGUGACCAAGCUUCCAAGGCCGGUCUGGAACGACGUCAAGGAUGCUCCCGAGACCUAA